GCAUAUUUACAUGACAUUUAUUUGACUAAACUAACCUCAAACUUUGUUUUUGUUCUUGCGAAACAUGUUAGUUGGAACUGUCUUGUCUUUGCCUCGAUAAUUAAAUUUUCUGCAUUUGAUUUAAAUUUAUUUGUGAUAAAAAUGAAAGUUUCUGUAAGCCAGCUUUAUACAUCCGUUGCUUGCAAUCGUACUCCAGAAAUUGUAGACUGGAACAAUGGAGGAAUAAUUUGUUUUGGGGCUUCAUACGCUGUUGUUAUUUACGAUACGAAUGUAAAAGGCAGAGACCCUCUCACAGUCCUCAGUCAUCACCGCUCUACCGUCAACUCAGUAAAAUGGAUCCGUAAAUCAGACGGAACCUGUACUGAGCUGGUGUCAUGUUCGGCAGACAAAACAGCUGCUAUCUGGACCUUGAAGGAGGGAACUUGGAAGGUGACAGCUACCUUGACAGGACAUAAGGAGGGUGUGACGUGUAUUUAUGGAAUUUAUACCAGGAAUGAUUUGGUUGUGUAUACUGCUGCCAUUGAUUCCGUGGUGAAAGUCUGGGAGAGAUGUCACGGAGUCACAAUCCUCAAGCAGUCAAUUAACCUGAACACUGGCCUCUGCCUCACCCUCCACGCUCACCUGCUGCCCGCUGUCAACCAACCCUUACUGUUCUGUGCACUAGAUGAUCACAAGAUACAUGUGUUUGCUGGAGAGGAGUACCACAGAGUACAUACACUGGUAGGGCAUGAGGAUUGGGUGAGGGGCAUGGAUGUUCUGGAUGUGGGAAAUAACGCUAUUCUCCUAGCAUCAGCAUCGCAAGACACAUACAUUCGACUCUGGCGCAUCCAACAGCAUUCCCCUCAGAAAGCCUCAAGCGAGAUCCGAGUGGAAGAGAAACUGUUUCAUGCAUACGGCUGUGAUUGGUCUGUGAAGCUCGAAGCAGUAUUGGCUGGCCAUGAAGGGUGGGUGUAUGGGGUCCAGUGGCAUCCUUAUGUUUAUAAAGAUAAAAGGCAACCAGUCUUCCGCCUACUCUCCUCCUCUCUCGACAAGACCCUCAUAAUUUGGGAGCCUGAGUCCUCCCCUCUGAAGGGGGAAGGUGAAGGCGCUUGGACCGAACGGGUCCGAGUGGGGGAAGUGGGGGGAAACGGUCUAGGUUUCUAUGGCAGCCGAUUCGGGCCCAAUGGAGAAAGUUUCCUUGGCCAUGGAUACAAUGGAUCUUUUCAUGUUUGGACCUUAUUCAAGGAAUCGGGCCAAUGGGAGCCGUCGGUGGUGUGCGGCGGCCAUUUUGGAUCUGUGGAGGACGUGCGGUGGGGAGCGCGGGGGGAGCUCGUCAGCGUCAGCGCCGACCAGACCACGCGGCUGCACGCGCCCUGGGCCAGGCCUGGCGGUCUCGGCUCAGAAUGGCACGAGAUAGCCCGGCCGCAAGUCCACGGCUACGACCUGUCAUCGCUUGCCAUGCUGCCAAACAACUGCUUCGCGUCUUCGGCUGAAGAGAAGGUGGUCCGGAUCUUCAAGGCCCCAAACAACUUUCUGACAAACUUCAAGAACAUUACUGGUGUUGAGUUGGAGGUUGAAGAUUCUAAAAGUCCGGAAGGCGCGUCAGUUCCAUCUCUAGGUCUAUCAAAUAAAGCCGUAUUCGCAGAUGCAGAGGUCGAUGACGACAACGAUGGACAUUUCGUACCCGUUGUCCUGCAUGAGCCGCCGACGGAGGAGACCCUGAUGCAGAACACUCUCUGGCCGGAGAGCCAGAAGCUGUACGCGCACGGCAGCGAGGUGUUCGCGCUGGACGCGGCGCCGCGCGGCGACGUGCUCGCCAGCGCUGCGCGCGCCGCGCUCGUCGCGCACGCCGCGCCCGUGCUCUGGGACACAUCAAACUGGCGGCAAAUACAAAAGCUCGUCUCCCACCAACUGACCGUCACUCAACUAGCAUUCUCACCCGACAGUCAACACCUCCUCUCAGUCUCCCGCGACCGAAGAUGGACCUUACACCGCAGGAAAGAAGGCUCAAAUUUCUUCGAAACGAUCGCGAGUACAGACAAAACCAAUGGAGUACAUACGAGGAUAAUUUGGUGUUGUGCGUGGGCGCAUGAUAGCAGUAUGUUUGCUACGGGGUCUAGAGAUGGGAAGGUAUGUGUGUGGUCAAAAACCGAUACUCAGUCUUCAACAUCGCUAGGCUCCUACGCACUGUUGGGCAAACCGCUUGAAGUCAACAUUUCAGUGACAGCGUUAGCGUUCGCGCCGGUUAUAAUAGAUGGCGCUAGGAUCGUCGCCGUCGGAGUUGAAUCCGGAGAAAUUAGGUUGUACGCGUUCGAUGGUGCAAGUUGGAGUUUAAUUCACGAGAUGAAUAACAGCGCCGCUCACCACCUCGCAGUCAAGCGGCUGAUGUUCCGGCCAUCCUCAAGCAGACUGACGCUGGCGAGCGCGGCCGCAGACCAUUUUGUUAGGAUACACCAAAUUGAUAUCUCUUGAUGUGUAUAAAUAAACUUUUAUUACUGUUAUUUUUGUUUGGUUAGGACUUUUUAGUUUAUAUGAUUAGUUGAAGACUUACAAACUCUUUAUAAAGUCAUCAUUGAAACGAUAAAAAAAAAACAGUUUACACCGCCUGAUGGCGUAAUCUUAGCGGCGCCACCGACGAAAAACUGACACAAAAUCAGCUUAGAAACUAGAUAAGUAUUUUAUAAACAAUCAGUAUAGGUAGUGUAUCGCUGUCAAGAUAGCGUUUUAAUAAAAAAACAGACGACAAAUCUAAUCUCGUUUAUUUACAGAUUAAUUAAUUACAGAUACGCCUACUGGAGGACGCUUGUAAAUAUUUAUAUUGUGAAGGCACGUUUCUCUUGUUAUUGUAAAUUUCUCCAAAACAAAUGCUUAUAAAUACAUCAACAUUUUACAAAAAUAAUUUCACAACAUUUAAUCAAUAUAAGUCCCAAUGAUAUAUGUACCUUAAGGUCGAUUUUUAGCUAUGUAAAUCUCUGUAAUCUGCGACACAAAAACUGUUUGAAUUCAUAAUAAAAACAUACAAAAACCGUCCAUAAGGUACUUCACUAGAUAUAUAAAAAUAUUUUUAUUAGUAUAAAAAUAUUUUUAUUAGUAUAAAAAUACCAUCUAAAAAAGGCCUAUUUAGCAGGAAUGUUUCACAUUCACAAAAAUUUUCAAACAAUUUUUUAUUUUAACAACGAUAAAAAUAUAUAACAAAUCUCUCUUAAAACUUUUUGGUGAAUAUACGUUUCAACCUUACGUAACUAAUAUUUUUACACAAUUCAUACAAAAUAAUCCAUUUACUUAUAAGCUUAUCUCAUAAAAAAUUUACAUAAACCUUAUUUAAAUUUCUGAAGUUCAGAGCAUAUUCUUUGAACGAAAUAGAAAGUAUGGAAUAUAUGAGAUAUAUAUUUCAUUAAAACUGAAAUUACAUGACAUAAUAGGGUAGAUGACAAGGGCAGAAAAUUGUAUGUAAGAAAUAUGUGUGCUCUAUAGACUAUACACCUAGGUACACUUCUGUACAUACCGACCGACCUAUAGACAGUAGUAAUGGCGCUGGAUGCGAAGGUUUCAAGUUGGUUGGAACACAUUUAAAAAAACAAUAAAA